UACCUACCCCUAUUCGACGAUAGCGGCGGCGGUCGAAGCAGCAACGCGCUGGCGCUGCCGCCGCAAGUUCCAAAAUGGACGUGGCGGUCGCGCCCGCCUCGGGCGCCGACGCGCCACCGCCCCUGAUGGCCACCUACAGCAACACCACUGGCUUCAGUCCCCCGUCGGAUGGCGAUCUCGACCUGCAGUGGGACCAGACAUACUUGCGCAUUAAUUACAUUGUCCGUAACCUGGCCGGCCCCGUGCCCCUACAGCUUCACCACCGUCAUAGCUACCAGCAUCUCUACCCUGGUCCUGCCACCCACGACGGCGCCAUGUCGGACACGUCUUCCGAGAGGCGGAGGCGACUCGAGGCCCGGGACCCCGCGCCUGCGACUGUGGUCGCAGGAGCCGGCCACCAGCCCACGGCCGGCCUCGUGGGCGACUCGCCCACCCUGGGAUACCCCACGGACGACCCUGGCGCAGCAGCCGGUGGCCACGCUGCGGGCCGCCCGACAGCAUCUGUGCGCAGGUGGCCUAGCCUGGCCCCCGAGCGCGCCGCCGAAAUGAGCACCCGCGUCUCUGUCUGGACCGAGGAGGUGUCGGCCCAAGGGGAGGAGGCUUACUGUGCGUGCUCGGCCCCCUGGGCUGCUGCCCGCCUCCGCCCGCCCCCGGAGGGCGCCGACGACGAGGGCUGCUCGAGCGCGACGGCUAGAGGCUUGCUGCCCGCCGCCCUCGUGGCUGGCUCCGCCGGCGGCUCUUCGGCGCUGGCAUCCCCCGCCGCCAACACGACCGGCCCGGUGACGGGGUCGUGCAAGAUAUGCGGGCGGCCGCUGGAUCCCACGGGCAACGCGGCUGCGGGCGGCCAGAGCGACAGCAGCUGCUCCCGCGGCAGCCACGCCCAGGCUUCUCAAGGCUGCCCCGACGAUGACACCGGCCGAGGCGAGAACGGCGACGGCGGCGGCACCAAGAAGACAAAGUCGCGGGUGCAUAACCUUCUGCAUCGCUUCAAGCGACUGGGCCGAAACCAGCGCGAUCUUCAAGACUUGAUCAACGAGAAGAACGGCGCCGGUAGCAGCAAUAACGACGGCAAUAAUGACGACAGCGGCGAAACCAAGGCUAUCGGCGGCGACGGGUCUGCGGCUCCUUCGGGCCAGGGUCGAGACCAACAGCCGCUCGCUGCAGCGGCAACAACAGCAGCACUAGCCGGCUCAAGCGGCACGCUUAUGUAUCGUACCAAAGCCCCAGGAAACGGCAGCCCAACAGCCACGCCUCAGCAACCCCAGAAUCAGCAGCCGGGCGCCCGGGCACCGGCAGGUCAAGGCCGCCGCAACACAUCCGCUUUUGGGCCGGUGGCCGAAUCUUCCGGAAGUAGUACAGCGGACAGCAGCCGCCGCCGCCGCACGCGCGAUUCGGCCGCCCGUCUCGAGAGAGCCCGCCUGCAGUUGGAGCGCCUCAACGGCCAUCCUCUCCCGCACCCACCCCCGCCGACGGCGCCACCCUCAAACCCUCCUCCGGCCCCGCCGUCCAGGGGCUCGAAGGGGAAAUGACCAAAUGGGCACGGCGAGGAGUUACGGAAGAGGAACGCGGGGAAGCCGAGCAUAUCCCCUGUCCGCUCCCGUUUUGUUUACUCUCUCUCUUGUACAAAGUUGGCACUUCUGAUCCCUAGCCGGACAGUAUUGUUUCUGCUUGUUCUGCCCUGUCGCUCUAUUUCUCUCUUUUCGGUUCCCAGACAACAUUUCUGCUUUGAUGCAUACAUAUACCCUCGGCCGCCGCUGGCUUCGCUUGGCUUUUCUUCAACGAGCGUGGUUCUCGUAUCUUUCCUCAUCAUGCUUUUUUUCUUUCUUUGCUUUUCGUUCCGACCGGUUUUGGUUAUACCUUUUCCUUCUGGAUUUCCGCAUCAGCAUUCGAUACCACGCACGGGGGAAACGGACUUUACGAGAGGUUCUCGGUUUCGGAUGUAGAUGGGUUAGCGGUAGACUAUUGCCCACACUUGGGUAAGCACGAGGAGAUGGCGCACACAAGGUUGCGAGCAACGCAAGAUACCACUUCGUUUUCCACUUUCUUCUCAAGAGCGUCGUAUAGCAUGCCAACCAGGCACGGGAAGUCCGUCUCUUCACCGGGUCGUUCGCCGGGUGUUAUCAUACAGCGCCAACAAAUACACUAGAGCUACAGUCUUUGAAAUGCCGUCUUCUCAGCAUCUUCCGGAUAAGCCCAUGUUA